GAAGCUGUGAUUUAGUUGUUCUGCAUCGCUGUGAAGUGCUUUCCAUCUGCACUGUGUCACCACUAUGGGAGGUGAUAGAAGUGGGAGAUGUAGAGCAUGUCAAACUGUGGCAGUCACAUUACUCCUGUGCUCUUUAGCCCUUUGUUUAAACUUGCAAGUGCUGGGCAAAAAAGUUAAACAUGAGGGAUCUAGUGAGACUGCAGUGAAAGAUGGAAGAAAGGGAAGCAUUCUCUUUAAUGGAAAAAGGCUUAAAUCCCAGUCAGGACCUGCUUCUUCUGCAGCUGCCACAGGACAUGCGUUGCUGCAAGUUGACUUGCAUCAGUCAAGCAUCACAGCAGAGAGUAGAUCAAAGCUGAAGAAUGACACUGCUAAUGAAGCAGCAUGGAGGCAAUUAAACUCUUCACUACACUGUAGUGAUAACAAGAUGAAGCUGAAGGCCAUGGGGCCUGGUGCUGCUGAUCUACAACUGCACAUAGAAAAUGCACAACCCUUACCACUGAAGCAUGUGCCUGAAAGCUGUGGUUUCUCAAUGCAGCAGAACGCACUGGGACUAGUUUUAAAUGUCCCAUAUAAUGCCUGCAGUGUGCUAACAGAGAAUGGAAGAUAUGUGUUGCCAAUGAAUUGGCGGGGGAUGGCAGUUGAAUUCAUCUGCCCAGUUCAACAGUCCAGGAAAUUUCCUUUCUCUCUCAGGCCAUGGCACUUCCAUCGCUCAAGACGACAAGCAAAACAGCCCUAUUAUCCUAAUCUAUAUAAUUCCUACUGGUAUAACUAUUACAUGCAUAUGAUGGCACCAGGUGCUAAAACUAACCCAACUACCACUCGCCCUCACACAAAGCCACCUGGAUAUUCAUACCCUCUGUACUACCCAUAUAACUUUUAUUACCCCUACUACUACUCCUCCUUUCUCCCAGUGAAGACCACUGUGCCACCAGCUACAACCACUGUGGCACCACCUACGGCUGUUAGACCUAGUGGCAACAAAAUUCCUUCCAAGAGCCCUGCCUAUUACCCUGCACAUUUUCCUAAUAUGCACUACCUUCCACCAGUCCAACAGUUGCAAAUGAUCCCUGACAAAACUCAGGUUUACUACUACAACCCGGAGACUGAAUAUUUCUUUGGAAAGCCUUCAUACCAACAAAAACCAAAUUUGCCAAAGCAACCUACUUGGUCUCAAUUUACCCCAGUUGCUAUGCCAAGUUACCCAGCUUCCCCUGUGAAACUGAGUUACCCAAGCCCUGUCAGCCCAGAAACCUCUGCAGCCCCUAUAGCACCAUAUGUUCCAUUUGACAAGCUCCCCUUUGAGCCAUAUGUUGUAUACAAGGCUAAGAAACUCCCCGAUGACCAGAAGUACAUGGCCAAAGCAGGUUUUAAAUCUAGAUUCCAAACACAUUCAGGCUUCCCUUUGCAAAUUGCUUCCAGGUUUCCUCAGUACAGAGGUCAAGGAGGUCCCUGACUGAAUUAAGCAGAGCUGUAAGUGCUAAGGGUUUCUUGUUGGUGUGAAUUUGGUAAUGGUUGAAUUGUUCUAAGAAAAUCUUGUGUUCUCGCGGAGCAUGAUGAUGAUGAUGAAAAUUAAAGAUUUUUCUACUGUGAACUUG